ACCUUCCAAUUUGUUCAGACCCCUUCUGCUUUCCUGCUGCCAGUGAGAGACAGCUUGUCUCAAAACCAUAAUGCCAAGGCUCAAAUUCCCAAAACUCGUUCUGCCGAAUCCCGGCUUGGAUGAUAGAAUUCCUUCCUAUGAAGAGCUUGAGAGGAGAGAAAUUGAAGAGGUGGAUGAUCGACCCAAAUGGGACAACAAAGCUCAGUACUUGCUGACUUGUGUUGGUUUUUGUGUGGGAUUAGGAAACGUGUGGCGUUUCCCCUAUCUCUGUCAAAGCCAUGGAGGAGGUGCAUUCAUGAUUCCAUUCCUCAUCCUCUUGGUGCUGGAGGGCAUCCCACUGUUGCAUCUGGAGUUUGCCAUUGGACAACGCAUGCGGAGAGGCAGCGUGGGUGUCUGGAGUUCUAUCCAUCCUUACUUGAAAGGAGUGGGUAUCGCGUCAAUGCUGGUUUCAUUCCUGGUGGGUUUAUAUUACAACAGCAUAAUAGCAUUGGUUAUGUGGUACAUCUUUAAUUCAUUCCAAGAGCCAUUACCUUGGAAAAACUGCCCACUUGCACCCAACGGUACAGGAUAUGUGGAUGAAUGUGUCAGGAGCUCUCCAGUAGAUUAUUAUUGGUACAGAGAAACAUUAAAUAUUUCCACCAGUAUCAAUGAUUCAGGUACCAUCCAGUGGUGGCUGCUACUCAGUCUUAUUUGUGCAUGGGCGGUGCUGUAUGUGUGCACAAUUAGAGGCAUUGAAACAACUGGCAAGGCCGUAUACAUUACUUCUACCAUGCCUUAUCUGAUACUUACAAUCUUUUUGAUACGAGGCCUGACAUUAAAAGGAUCUGUAGAUGGCAUCAUAUUUCUCUUUACACCAAACAUGACAGAACUGGCAAAUCCAACCACCUGGUUGGAUGCUGGAGCCCAAGUAUUCUAUUCCUUCUCCUUAGCUUUUGGUGGACUGAUAUCGUUUUCCAGCUAUAAUUCUGUUCACAACAAUUGUGAGCAAGAUGCAGUACUAAUCUCCAUCAUUAAUGGUUUCACAUCGGUAUAUGCAGCCACAGUAAUAUAUUCCAUUAUUGGCUUUCGAGCAACAGCACAAUUUGAUGCCUGUUUUGACAAAAAUAUCAUGAGUUUGACCAAUGCUUUCGAAAUACCAGACAAAUAUUUGACCCAAGAGAACUAUGCAGACGUAUUUCAGCAUUUAAACAGUACCUACCCAAUAAGAGUAGAUGAGCUGAAUUUGAAACAUUGUGACCUGCAGGAAGUGCUGCGUCAGGGGGUCGAAGGCACGGGACUGGCCUUUAUCGUUUUUACUGAAGCUAUUACAAAAAUGCCUGCCUCUUUCAUUUGGUCCAUCGCGUUCUUUCUUAUGUUAUUUUGUCUUGGCCUUUCGUCAAUGUUUGGGAACAUAGAAGGUGUGUUGGUUCCAUUGUAUGAUUUACGCAUCUUGCCAAAGAAGUGGCCCAAGGAACUUGUAACUGGCCUGGUUUGUCUGGUGAGCUUCUUAAUUGCAUUCAUAUUUAUCUUAAAUUCUGGCAACUAUUGGCUGGCUAUGUUUGAUGCCUAUGCGGGUUCCAUCCCUCUACUGAUUAUCGCUUUCUGUGAGAUGGUGGGUGUUGUCUACGUUUAUGGCAUCGACAGAUUCAACAACGAUAUUGAAUGGAUGAUUGGGCAUAAGCCAAAUAUCUUCUGGCAAGCUACUUGGAGAUAUAUCAGCCCCCUCAUCAUGCUGGUUAUAUUCUGUUUUUAUUUUGUAAUAAAAGUGACUGAGAAUCUAACAUACAUCACUUGGGAUCCAUCUUAUGAAAACUUCCCACAGCUUUCUGUGGUGGAUUAUCCUGGUUGGGUGAGUGCGAUCAUACUACUUCUGGCUGGAGUGCCCAGUUUAUGCAUACCCGGUGUCGCAAUCUACAUGUUCAUCAAAAACAAAUGCAGGAAGAAAGAUGAUAAGAAGGGCCUCGUCCAGUCUACAUCUGUUGUCUCAGUGAAUGGAAUAAUGAAUAAUGAUGCAUAACAGAACCCUGAAGAGAUGCAAUGACAAGUUGCACUGCUCACCUCUGGCAAACAAAGCAUAGGACAAUGUUGGAGUACCUAAAUUUGGUCCGAUGUUUAUUUUGAUAAACAGUAAUUUCAGGGCUUUAUGUGGCAAAGGAAUGGUGAAAAUGCAGUGGAUUAAUUACUGCCGACUGGUAAUUCAGAAACAAUCCCAAAUUCUGAGUUCAAAUCCCACAAAUUCAGAUGUGGAAUUUAAAUCCAGUGUAAAAUUUGGAAUUAUAAAUCAUUAAUAGUGAUCAUUGCAAACCUGUUGGAUGUCAUAAAAGCUUACCCGGUUCACAAUUAUCCUUCAGGGAAGAAAGCAUCCACGUCGUACCUGGUCUAGUCUGUUUUAAUGUGCAAGUCCAGACCAAACAACGUGUGACUGACUCUUUAAACAAUAUGGACGGUAAGCCAUUCAAAUGAAAUGUAAUUUGCAAAUGGUAGCCUGAAAAAAAAAAGUACAUUGUCAAUACAAAGUUAAAAACAUUGUUCAUUGUCUAUGUGUGUCCUAAAUGGGGCAUUUCAGAAACAGAGGCUCAUUGUGCCUUCAGUAAAAUGGAUACCUUUAUUGCCAUUUAAAGUUGGUUUAAACAGUCACUUCAUGCUUACGUUAAUGAUUUAACACCAACAUUUAUACUUGUUUGGGUUUCAACAUCUACUGGCACAACAUCAGUGAGCAAGUAAAGUAUGUAGUGUUAAUAUAUAAACAUUAUUGAAAACUUUUGUUGCUUCAAAGGUCACCAACGAGAUCACUCCUGUCCUUCACUGAUAAUUAACAGAGGUGAAGGAGUUAUUCAUUUUUGUGACUCUCAAGAUCAAUGGCUUUUAAGGGCCUGUCCCACUUAUACAACUUUUUCGGCGACUGCUGGCAUCUGUCAUAGGUC